AUGCUGCUGAUGCUGGUGUCCCUGCUCUGCUGUGUCGCUUCAGCAGAGGCCUGUCUGCAGUGUGACCGCAGGAUCAGGCUCCUGCACGAGGACUUUGUCCUGUCUGCUCCCACUGUGGACGACCAGAUUGAAAUGAAAAAGAUUUGUGACCAUGCAUAUGUGACCUACAGAGACACCAGCCGGGAACGAAAGGGAGUCAUCGAUCCCACUACUCUGUACAGAGCCAGAACUGAAUACCAAAGUGAAUUUGAUCACUUUUUGAAAACCGAGCACACUGGAUCUGUAACAUUUGAAGCCAUUCAGAUCCUGGAGAAGGGCCGGAAGAUUUUAGAAAAACACUUGGACACAUUCACCCGUGAUGGAUUGUGCCCAAACAAGUGUGGGCUUUUGAAACGAAGAGUAAUGGAUUGCUUCUCUUGCCGCUACAAGAUAUACAUCUGUCCCUCUCCCUCUGGCCAGCAGGACUGUGGUGAGUACCUCGUGCAGACGGAGGAGGGAGGUCAGGCUAUGUUGAACUGUUUUCUCCCAUGGCAUCGGCUUCUGUUGGGAAAACCAGAGUACCACUACUCCUGGGCCCCCGGCCUGCCAGGACCUAAAAAGCUGAAGGAGAGUGACUUUCAAGCCUUAGUGGUGACAGACGACUCAUCUGUGGUCUUAAAUCAACUGAAUAUGGAUGAACAAGGAACAUAUCGCUGCUCUCUGCGGGGCCAAAAUGGAACCGUCUUCUACAGAGUAACUUUCCUACUCACUGUCACUCCUCUGCCUGACCAAACUCACCGACCCGUCAUCACUCUGCCCGCCCUGCCUCACGGAUACAACUACUCACCUUUUCAACCUACUGCCGGCCUGCUGGUGCCAGUCAUUGCCAUGGUUACUGCUCUGGGUCUGGCAGCGAGCGUAGGCCUCACAGUUGUCCUGGGAAUGAUAAUGAGUCAGAGGAGAGCCGCAGGGGAGACGAGGAGAAAGAGGAAGGAGGGAAAACACGUACAAAACCUGGUGUGAGGAAGAUACUUCAUACAAUCUGUACACACUUUCAUUACAGG